ACUCGUUCAGACCUCCUACAUGUCUGCCGGCUUUUGUUUGAAUCUGUGACUUCUGGGGUUCUACUGGGAUACAAGAAUUUUGGAACUGCUUCACUUACAGCUCCCCUCCACAUCCUCCUCCUUUUGCUGUCAUCCCAUCCAUCACAGCCUAUGACAGCAGAUCAGCCAACAUGGCAUUCUCAUCUCGCUUUUCCUUCUGGGAGCAAAAGAUCAAAGACGAGAACAAGCCAGGAGCAAGUUCAGACAGUGAUGGACUUUCCAGUCGGGCCAAAUCAGUACCAGCUCUUGAUCCUGGCAGGGGGUUAUUCCGGGCAAAAAGUCCUCCAUCAGUUUCCCCUGCAGAGUCAGCAGCCCGGGUCAGGAGUCCUUCCCCACCACAAGUCAGGGCACCUGUUAAAGUGCCAGAGCGUUUCAGAAGUCCUGAGCCACUGUCCAAGACGACAGCACAAUUUAGGAGUCCUGAACCUCCACAAGCUCCUUUGAGUCCAAAGCCAGUUCUUAACAGUAAGCAAGAACAAAAUGGCACAGUAGCUAAAAAUAUGGUCAAUGGUACAGCGAAUGGUGAAAGUAACCAUCCAGGCACCAGCACUAACCAGAUGGAAAGUACAGAUGACCAGGGUCUGACACGUAAGAAGGUAGUCAAGGUGGUUCGUCGUGUUGUCAGGAAGGUCCUACCCACUGAAGAGGAAGAGACCACUGUACCAACACAAAACUCAGACAAAGCUGCAGAAACAGCCAAAAUUUCUGCCGAAGCUGGUAAAGGAGUACCAGUGCCAGCCCUACCUUCAGUGUCUAAGGCCCACAUGAUGUCAGGAUUCUCUUUUAAACAUGAUGUCAUCAAAACAGAAGACAGUGAUGACAUUUCACGAGGACUGACAAACUUUCUGAUUCGAGGCAGACCAAGGGAGCCUCGUCCACGAAUACGCAAAGAAGAACGGCCAGAAAAACUAGAGUUGGAGAAGACAAAUGAGAAGAAAGAGAAAAUUGUUCAGCCAGAGGAGACAAAAGAAGAGCAGAAAGACGAGAAAACCACCCCAAAGUCCCAGGAUGUUAAUCACAAACCUGCAAGCUCUGCUCCAGUUAUAAAGGAAGCCCCCUCUCCUGUGGUUGCUGUAAACACAGCGAGCACAGCUUCUGUGGGUUCAGCUCCAACUUCUUCUAAAUCACCUCAUUCCAGACCUUUAUCUCUCCCACCAGUUGUGGGCUUUAUCCCAGCUCCCAAACCCACACCAUUGGCUCCACCUUCUGGCUUCAUACCUGCACGCAAUACAACUGCUGCUGCAAAACCCACCACUGCCAACCCUCCUUCUAAAAGCCCAGCGGCCCCCAAACCUUCCUCUCUUUCUUCUCCAUCACGUUUCAUCCCAACCACUAAACCAUCUCCAAUUGAAACUCCUGUGAACCCCGAUCCUCCCCGUCUCAAUCCUGGUCCACAGUCUGUCCAUUCAGGAGUCAGUCCCAUUCAACAGCCUGCUGUCAGUCAACAAGAGGAGGCAUCGCUCAGUCCCACCGAGGAGGCUCAGCGACGCCUGAUGAGGAUCUUCGGUGCCCCUCUGGAGCCGGCAGUUAGUGUUUCAUCUUCUGUCCAAGCCUCCGUCCCUGCAGCCCCACAGCCCCAGGGCUCCCUCCAGGUACCGCAGCCCUCCAGUCUUCCUCUGGGCCUCCUGGCUGGAAUUUGUACUCGUGUGGCUUGUUGGAGUGGAUCAGUGGAAGAGGAUCCUUUAACGCUCCUCCAGGCAUCUCAUGCUGCAGCUAAGCAAUCCCAGGUGAAGACAGAAGAGCAGAUUGCAGCAGAGCAGGCCUGGUAUGGAUCUGAGAAAGUCUGGCUUGUCCACAAAGAUGGCUUCUCCCUGGCCACCGUGGUGAAGACAGAGCCUGGCUCCCUGCCAGAGGGCAAGUUAAAGAUCAAACUGGAGCGUGAUGGGACAUUACUGGAUGUGGACGAAGACGAUGUAGAAAAGGCCAACCCUCCAUCAUAUGACCGAUCAGAGGACCUGGCUUCACUGCUCUAUCUGAAUGAAUCCAGCGUGAUGCACUGCCUGCGCCAGCGCUAUGGAGGCAACCUCAUCCACUCCUAUGCUGGACCCAACAUGGUGGUCAUCAACCCCCUUAGCACACCCUCCAUGUACUCUGAGAAAGUGAUGCACAUGUUCAAAGGCUGUCGGCGCGAGGACACUGCUCCUCAUAUCUACUCAGUUGCCCAGUCAGCUUACCGCAAUCUGCUCACCACCCGGCAAGAUCAGUCAGUUGUACUGCUGGGCAAGUCUGGCAGCGGGAAAACCACCAACUGCCAGCACCUGGUCCAGUACUUGGUCUCCAUUGCCGGCAGCACGGGCAAAAUCUUCUCUGCUGAGAAAUGGCAGGCGGUCUACACCAUCCUGGAGGCUUUUGGCAACAGCUCCACUUCUAUGAACACCAACGCUAGCCGCUUCUCCCAUGUAGUGUCCCUGGACUUUGACCAGGCCGGGCAGGUGGCCUCUGCUUCCAUCCAGACGAUGCUGCUGGAGAAACUGAGGGUGAGCAGACGACCUGAAGCGGAGUCCACCUUCAAUGUCUUUUACUACAUGAUGGCUGGAGCUGACAGCAGCCUGAGAACGGAGCUGCACCUGAACCACAUAGCUGAGAACAGUGCUUUUGGAAUCCUCCCACAGUCUAAGCCUGAAGACAAGCAGCGAGCCUUGCAGCAGUUCACCAAGCUGCAGGCAGCCAUGAAGGUGUUGGGAAUCUCUGGUGAAGAGCAGAAGGCCCUCUGGCUUAUCCUGGGGGCCAUUUACCACUUGGGAGCUGCAGGGGCCACUAAAGCUGGACGUCGGCAGUUUGCCCGUCAUGAAUGGGCCCAGAAGGCAGCCUACCUUUUGGGCUGUACCUUGGAGGAGCUGUCCUCUUCAAUCUUUAAACAUCACGCCAAAGGCCUGCAGCACUCUACCUCAUUUCGAGGAGGACCGGAUGAGGCGGGCCAGGGAGAAAGCUCAGGCUCUAAGGUCACAGCUCUGGAGUGUUUGGAGGCCAUGGCAUCGGGACUCUACUCUGAGCUCUUCACUCUUGUCAUCUCCCUAAUCAACAGGGCUCUGAAGUCCAGUCAGAACUCUCUGUGUUCCCUGCUGAUUGUGGACACUCCAGGUUUCCAGAACCCUCGGUUGGCUCAGCAGCAACGGGGAGCCACAUUCGAGGAGCUCUGCCACAACUACACCCAAGAGAGGCUGCAGACGCUAUUCCAUGAACGUACCUUUGUUCAGGAGCUGGAGAGAUACAAGGAGGAAAACAUAGAGCUUGCUUUAGAUGACAUAGAAUCCAGUACUUCACUGUCUGUAGCAGCUAUUGAUCAAGCCUCAACCCAAGCUCUGGUUCGUACCCUGGCCAGGACAGAUGAGGCUCGAGGUCUUCUGUGGCUGAUGGAGGAGGAGGCUGUUCAGCCUGGAGGUUCAGAGGAAACCAUGCUGGAGAGACUCUUCAGCUACUAUGGCUCUGCACAGGGAGAAAACAAAGGAGCUGGUCUGCUGCUCCGAGGUGAGAAGCCCCACCUCUUUCUUCUGGGCCACAGCCAUGGGACAGACUGGGUGGAAUACAACACUCAGGGCUGGCUGAGCCAUGCCAAGCACAACCCUGCUGCCCAGAAUGCUGCCACACUGCUGCAGGACUCCCAAAAGAAGAACAUCAGUGGGCUGUUUAUGGGCCGGGCCAGCGGGGCCACAGUGUUGUCGGGCUCCAUCGCCGGUCUGGAGGGCAGCUCUCAGCUCGCCCUGCGGCGAGCCACCAGCAUGAGAAAGACCUUCACCACAGGCAUGGCUGCUGUCAAAAAGAAGAGUCUGUGUAUCCAGGUCAAACUCCAAGUGGAUGCUCUGAUAGACAUGGUGCGUCGUUCAAAGGUUCACUUUGUUCACUGCCUGCUGCCCAAAGCAGAGGCGGUGGGAGGAGGUGAUCUCCGUGUGACGCAUGGAGAGAGCCCUGACUCGGGCCUAAUGACUUUGGACGUGGGCCUUCUGAGAGCUCAGCUCCGGGGAUCCAAGCUGCUGGAUGCUCUGCGCAUCUACAGGCAAGGAUACCCAGACCACAUGGUGUUCUCUGAGUUCCGCAGGCGCUUUGAUGUCCUGGCACCUCAUCUGACCAAGAAGCAUGGCCGCCACUACAUUGUCACAGAUGAGAAGAGGGCAGUGGAGGAGUUGCUGGAGUCCUUGGAGCUAGAGAAGAGCACCUACCACAUGGGGCUGAGCAGGGUGUUCUUCAGAGCGGGGACUCUGUCCAGGCUGGAGGAACACCGAGAUGUCCAGACUCGGAGGAACAUCUCUCUGUUUCAGGCUGCCUGCAGGGGAUACCUGGCCAGACAGGCAUUCAAGAAGAGGAAGAUCCAGGAUCUGGCCAUCCGCUGCAUCCAGAAGAACAUAAAGAAGAAUCGUGGUGUCAAAGGUUGGCCAUGGUGGAAGCUCUUCACCACCGUCAGACCUCUUAUAGAGGUGCAGCUCACUGAGGAACAGAUCCGUGGCAAGGAUGAAGAGAUCCAGCAGCUCAAACAGAAGCUGGAGAAAGUAGAGAAAGAGAGGAAUGAGCUGAGACUGAACAGCGACCGUCUUGAGAGCCGGAUCACAGAGCUGUCAUCAGAGCUGGCUGAUGAGCGGAACACUGGAGAAUCAGCCUCUCAGCUGCUGGAGACAGAAACUUCUGAGAGACUCCGACUGGAGAAGGACAUGAAGGAUCUGCAGGCCAAGUUUGACAGCAUGAAGAAACAGAUGGAGUGCAUGGAGAUGGAGGUGAUGGAGGCGCGACUCAUCAGGGCUUCUGAACUCAACGGCGAGAUGGACGAUGACGACACAGGAGGAGAGUGGAGGCUGAAGUAUGAACGAGCCAUCAGGGAGAUUGAGUUCACCAAGAAAAGGCUGCAGCAGGAGUUUGAUGACAAGCUGGAGGUGGAGCAGCAGAACAAACGGCAGCUGGAUAGAAGGAUAACCGACCUGCAGGCUGACAACGAGGAAUCCCAGCGAAACAUCCAGCAGCUGAAGAAGAAAACACAACGGCUGACGUCUGAACUGCAGGACACUAAACUUCACUUGGAGGGUCAACAAAGUCGCAACCACGACCUGGAAAAGAAGCAGAGGAAGUUUGACAGUGAGCUGAGUGCAGCCCAGGAGGAGGUGCAGAGGGAGAAGAACCUGAGGGAGAAACUGGCCCGAGAGAAAGACAUGCUGACUGGAGAGACCUUCAGUCUCCGACAGCAGCUGGAGGAUAAAGACCUGGAGGUGUGUGCAGUCAACCUGAAGGUGGACCAGCUGGAGGCUGAGCUGCUGGACCUCAACUCCCAGGAAUCCAAGGAUGAGGCAUCGCUGGCCAAGGUAAGAAAGCAGCUUCGGGACAUGGAGGCCAAGGUGAAGGACCAGGAGGAGGAGCUGGAUGAACAGGCUGGCACCAUCCAGAUGUUGGAACAGGCCAAGCUGCGUCUGGAGAUGGAGAUGGAGCGUUUGCGUCAAACCCAUUCCAAGGAGAUCGAGAGCAAAGAUGACGAGGUGGAGGAGAUCAGACAGUCCUGCAACAAGAAGCUGAAGCAGAUGGAAGUCCAGCUCGAAGAAGAGUAUGAUGAGAAGCAGAAGGUGCUGAAAGAGAAGAGAGAGCUGGAGUCAAAGCUUUUGUCAGCACAGGACAAGGUGAGAGGUGGUGACAUUGAGACAGAGAAACGCUUGAGGAAGGACCUGAAGAGAACCAAGGCUCUGUUGGCUGAUGCCCAGAUCAUGUUGGACCACAUAAAGAACAACGCACCCAGCAAGAGAGAGAUCGCCCAGCUCAAAAACCAGCUGGAGGAGUCUGAAUUCACCUGCGCAGCUGCAGUUAAGGCUCGCAAGUCCAUGGAGGUGGAGAUUGAAGACCUGCAUGUUCAGAUGGAGGACAUCUCCAAAACCAAACAGGCGGUCAGUACAACUCUCUGGAUGACCAUUUCUAACAAGUUUCCUGGAGCAGUAAAACCACAGGUGGCAUAUUUGAUCAAGUAUACGAUUAAGUUUACUGCAUGUCAUUGUUAAGUAGGAAGAAAAAGCUAAAGCUGUCUCAGUCACGUAGGUGUUUUUGUGGCUUUUAUAAGACUGCACCAUCUGUGCUAGUAGCAGGGCGUCAGUAGACCUGUCAAAGCAUUGCCUUUAGCCAGAGAUAAGGGGUUAGAGGACACACCUGUUCCCUUACAGCGCUUCCUC